AUGCCCAACCGCAAAGAGAGUCAGGAGGGUCGGCCGCCUCUGAGGCCCGGUGUCACUGAGCCGCCAAAGUCUCGCAUGAGGAUAGGAAGGGCAUGCGAUCGGUGCAAGGUCAAGAAGAGCAAGUGCGACGGCAACGUUCCUUGUUCAACCUGCACUUUAAGUGACAGUACCUGUGAAUAUAGUGCGCGAAGGCGCAGGGAGGCCAGAGAUUGGUACUGGGGGAUGCAAGACAUCAUCGACGAAGCGUUGCAGAGACUCUAUUGGGCUUGUCGAGAAGGAACUGGUUUUCCCGGGGUCGUCCCCGAUGAAAGUAGCGGUCGCGUAUCGACUGAUGCCAUUCUCCGAGGGCUAGGCCUGAGUCCGCCUCGAGUCGACAAUCAACGCCCUAGUGGAUCCCGGUCAGAAUCAAUGAUGGAUACACAAACGCAACUGCUUCUCCCAAGAUCAUAUCACCCUCCGGAUAUCCGGCCACAGCCACCAGUCUCGUCACAGAACUUGACCACUCCGUCCACGAUGACGCCUUUAUCCACAACCAGCGACGAUAGACAUGUGUUCGGGGAGAGAAUGCUGGAUGUAGGGCUGGGGAGGCAUAACACUUCAAUGAUGGAGGUGGAUGGAGAAGAAGACGAUGGCCUCGGUCAGGAGCUCCAGGAUGGCAUGGACGCCGGGAUCGAUCCCACAAUGCUGCGAGGUGGACAUGCUGGCUCCAUUGACGGAUCGACGUAUGCGAGUCUGGACGCUCUGCCUUUCGGAACUGCGGUACCGAUGGGCUCCCAGGGGCGCAAAAUGCCUGCACAAUCUGUGAACCAGUUCAGCGUUCCAACCCUGGGUCAACAGAGGCUGCAGUCCGUCACACAAAGCCUCGGAACCAUGGAACAGCAAGUCUGGCAGGGACGACAUGACCAGAAGUCGGACGGGUUACUCCCAUGGCCAGGAAAUAUGGCCUCAAUGCAUCCACAGGGCAAGGCCGAGGAUGGAGGCCGCGGGUUCGACAAGGCGCCCGACGGAGAACGGUGA